UGUUAUUGUUUCUUACUGUCACUUGCAAUGUAUACAAAUUUCUAAUCGAUGCAAGAGAAUUUUAAAAAUGCAGCAAAAGACGUAAACGCGUAAGAUCUAUCCAAACUGGUGCAUUUAAAGUGUUUCUUAUCAAGUGCACGUCAAUUUGAAAAUAAUGGAAUCGACACAUACGCAACCGCUGCUACAAGAGCACAGUGAGAGUGAUGCAGAAAAUUUUGUGGAAAAUGACGCCCGUGGACAGGAUGACCAUACAAUCACUGAAAAUUUGGACAAGGAAUUGCUUAGGGGCGGACAAAAUGCUCCCCAUGAUAAAUACAGUUUUAAUUACAUUAUAUUCUAUUUGAUGGGUAUGACCACUUUGAUGCCUUGGAAUUUUUUCAUAACAGCUGAAGACUAUUGGAUGUACAAGUUUCGUAAUGUAACAAAUAAUGCCACCGACGAGCUCACACCGAUUCAGGCUGGAUUCACGUCAGACUUAAGUGUGUCGGCCGCCGUACCAAACACACUGUUUCUGAUUCUGAAUGCUUUCAUCGGCCACAAAAUUCCACUAAAAUAUCGAAUGGUUGGUUCGAUGACCUUUGUGUUCCUAUUUUUUAUCGUAACAACUGCAUUGGUAGAAGUGAACACGGACUCAUGGCAAAAUGAAUUUUUUAUAUUCACUUUGACGUCGGUCGUUAUGAUGAACAUUGCAACAGCCAUUCUCUCUGGAGGGCUGUUCGGUAUAUCCGGUUUAUUUCCAUCUGAAUACAUAACAGCUGUAGUGAGUGGUCAAGCUUUAGGCGGUAUAUUUGCUGCUCUAUCGGAAAUAAUGUCGCUCACAUUUGGAGCAUCGGCGAAAACAACGGCUUUCGUCUACUUUAUGAUCGGAAACGUUGUGCUGUUUGUGUCGAUUGUCACGUACAUUAUUAUGUCGAAGACAGUUUUCUUCAAGUACUACACUGUCGAUAAGCUUGCAAUGUCCAAGUCAUCAUCAACGGUAGCAUUAUCAUCAACGCCUGCAGAUGGACCAAAUUUCCAAACUGUUCUGCGGAAAAUCUGGAUCUACGGUCUCGCCGAGUGGAUGGUCUUUGUCGUCACAUUGUGUAUUUACCCAUCGGUCACCGUUCUGGUUACAUCGCAGAAUCAUGGCAACGGUCAUCCAUGGAAUGACGUCUACUUCGUGCCCGUUGUAAACUAUUUAAUCUUUAAUUCGGGUGACUAUUUGGGACGAAUCUUAGCUGGCAUGAUAGAAUGGCCGCACAACAAGCCGAUUCUCGUAGCCAUCCUGUCCGUAUUGAGAAUAUUCUUCGUCCCGGCAUUACUUCUGUGCAACGCCCGACCCAGACAUUUAUUCCCGGUGAUGUUUCACGCCGAUUACAUAUUCAUCGUUCUGAUGGGACUAUUUGCGUUCUCGAAUGGUUACUUGGCAAACAUCGCGUUGAUCUGGGCUCCGAAAUCUGUUCACAAUAGGGAAAAGGAAAUGGCUUCGUCAAUGAUGGCAGCCUUUCUUGGCAUUGGCUUAGCGUUUGGUUCGUCAAUUAGUUUGAUAUUGGUGCAAUUAUUAUAAGUCGACCGGUGACAACAUGUGACGUAUAACUCGGGAAUGUCGAGUUUGAUUUUAAUGCGGGGACAUUCAACAAUUUUGUACAUUUUUUUUAGGUCAAUUUUUUCCUUUCUUGUUUAGUUUCGUUUAGUUUAGUUGGCGAGUCCUUUAAGUGUUUUUCGUUUAAUUUAAGUUCAUUGUGAAACGUUAGGUUGUUAAGUCACUUCAACUCUGAACGGAGUAAAAGAUUUUGUAUCAAACACAAAGCGAUUUUCUUAGAACAAAAGUGAUAUGGUAGGAAUCAUGUCGCUCCUAAAUGGUUAAAACUUCCCAAAAAUUCAUUCAGAUUUUCUAAGAUUUCUGAAAUCACGCAGACCAUUCUCAGAAAUGAGACCCUGAUUCACUUAUGAACUGAACAAUUUUCGAUUGUCGAAAUUGUCCAGUCACAUUCGAUGCAUAAAAACGUAAUAUCUUUGAACGGGAAAAUGUAUCUUAAUCUUACCUUAUACGAUUGAAAGGAGGUCCGAUUAGUACAAAUUUAGCACAUGUUGACCAUGAUUUUCUCCAAUGGUGCACCAAUGAUAUAAAUUGAUCUUGGGUCGGAAGCAAAAUAUUUAAAAAUCUCCUAGACUCGUGACUUAAAAGAAAUGUUCUUUAAUUCAUCGGCCGAAUUUAUAACGGUUUUAAAUUAGAGCAUCUUGACAACUUAUUUUUAAUCGACACAAAGCUUGAUUCUAAGCACACACAAAAAGGUGCUAUGCCACCA